GAAAAAGAGAAAAAAGGAAGAAGUUGAAUUUGGAAGUUUUUGGCAAAUUGGGGGCGGCUAGCCGUCAUUGCGCGGAGAAGCUUCUGAAACAUCCUAACCCAACUCGACAGGACAAGAUUCUCUCUCCUUUGAUUUCUCAGACAACCAAAAAACAAAUCGUCAAUUCCAACUCCAAUUCCUCCAAUUUUGAUUCGCACUCCAAUCUUGACCCUUUCAAGCCCUAAUUCUUCUAUUUUUUUUUUCCCGCAAUCUCAAUGGAAUCCGCAUCGUUUAGGUUUAGCUGACAAAAACCCGAAUCCAAACCCCAAAUGGCGUCGUCGGAGAUCGAGGUGGUAACAUCGUCGGACUCCAAACCCAACGAAACUUACCAGCAGCCUCCCAUUACCGACGUCUACACUGCCUCCACCUACGGUGACUUACAAAAAUUGAGGAAUUUCGUCGAACAUGACGGUGCCUCCGUUACCGUUCCCGAUGGGAAUGGCUAUUACGCUCUUCAAUGGGCUUGCCUUAACAACUUCCAUGAAAUUGCCCACUAUCUCAUUCAGCACGGGGCUGAUGUCAAUGCUGCUGACCACAAUCAACAAACGGCAUUGCAUUGGGCAGCAGUUCGGGGUUCCAUUCCAUCUGCCGAUGUGCUCUUGGAGAAUGGAGCUCGGGUUGAAGCCACAGACAUAAAUGGAUAUCGGCCGUUUUCUAAAAGCUGUCAAUAUUCAAAUCAUUAUACCCUGGUAGCUCAUGUUGCAGCACAAUAUGGACAAACAGCUUUCUUAAACCACAUUGUUGUAAAGUACCAUGCUGAUUUUGACGUGCCUGAUAAUGAUGGAAGGAGUCCUCUUCUUUGGGCUGCAUAUAAGGGAUUUGUUGAUACAGUAAGAUUGCUUCUCUUCAGAGAUGCUAGUCAAAGGAGACAAGAUAAAGAUGGUUGCACUCCAUUGCACUGGGCUGCAUUAAGAGGAUACGCGGAGGUGUGUGCUGUGCUUGUUCAUGCAGGCACCAAAGAAGAACUAACAGUGAAGGACAAUGCUGGAAGCACUCCAGUGCAGCUUGCACAUGAUAAAGGUCAUCGGCAUGUCGCUCUUUUCCUUUCUAAUCAACUACGGGCACAUAGCAACCAAGACAAAAUUUGCGGUGGGAAGUUGACAGAAGUUGGUUAUGCUCCCUUGUUAUUGUUUGUUAUAGUCUUUUGUAUGAUUCUCUUCAUCAACUCGGUUGUUACAGCUCCUGGUCUUAAAAAGAUUACUGCUGUUGUUGGACUUUGGGCGUGGACAGCUCUUUCUCUGGCAGUUGGUUCCCUGAUUAUGUUUUAUAGGUGUAGUAGUAAGGAUCCUGGUUACAUCAAACGGGUGGGAGACUUGGGUGGUAAUGCAGAGGAUCCAUUGCUGAAUAUUGAUCUGAAUAGUUCCUCUAUUUGGGCAGGAAAUUGGUCUCAACUUUGCCCUACCUGCAAGAUAAUAAGGCCUAUCCGAUCCAAGCAUUGCCCUACAUGUAAGCGUUGUGUGGAACAGUUUGAUCAUCAUUGUCCAUGGAUAUCUAAUUGUGUGGGAAAGAGUAAUAAGAGGGAUUUCUUUAUUUUCAUCUGCAUGGGAACGUUGACUUCUUUACUUUCUGGUGCCAUUGCAAUUCAGAGAAUUUGGACAUCUAUACCAGCAUUUUCAGCAGACGAAACAUGGAUUCAUCAUGUGUUAGUUAACCAUCCAGGCGUCGUCAUAUUUUUGGUGAUCGAUGUUGUUAUUUUACUUGCCGCUACAAGUUUGACGAUAACACAGGCUUCCAUGAUAGCCCGAAAUGUGACGACAAAUGAAAUAGCAAAUUUGAAGCGUUAUGAGUAUCUUCGCGGUCCUGAUGGACGGUUCAGAAACCCAUAUAACCACGGCUGUUGGAAGAAUUGUGUCGACUUUGUUUUUGUAGGUCACACAAAUGACGAUGAUAUUGCUUGGCGUCCGUUACAGCAGAUUGCUGCUCCUUAGUGGAGCAUCCUUUGUUAUAUUAUUUCCGUAGUUUUAAUGGGUAGAUAUGUAGAGUCCAUUUGCAGGGUAAAUUGUUCAUUGGAUGAUAUACGUGUACAUUUGAUUGCAAAGCAUAAAAUGGAUAAACCAUGUUUCUGUUUUGGUCUUGAGAAAAUGCAAACCGUGGUUUCAAGUCUCAUUUACGUUAUUGUAUAAGAUUUACGGUUCUACACU